AUGGGACCCGCUGCCGUGCUGGGGCUCGGGGUGCUGAGCUGCCUGCUCCUGCACCCCCCGCUGCCUGUCGCCCUCCACUCAGGAGUGCCGGUGGCGGCCAAGUGCCCCCCGGGCUGGCUGGCACUCAGGGGGCACUGCUACGGCUACUUCGGACACGAACUGGCCUGGAGGAAGGCAGAGGCCUGGUGCCGAGCCACCGGCGACGGGUGCCACCUGGCCUCGCUGCCCAGCCGCGACGAGCACCGAGCCCUGGCAGCCUUCGUCGCCCAGCGCCAGCGCCAGGAGGAGGAGGAGGGCGACGUCUGGAUCGGGCUGCACCGCCGGGGUCCCGCCUGGCUGUGGGCGGACGGAGCCCCCCAGCGCUACUCAGCCUGGGACGAGGACGAUGCCCCCCCGGGGGGGCCCUGCGUGGCGCUGGAGGACUCGGCGGGGUUCCUGGCGUGGGACGACGAUGCCUGCGGGGAGAGGAAGCCUUUCCUCUGCAAGUGCACGGCUUAG